AUGGAGAAACAACUGCUUCAGCUGCACGCCUGGUUGCACGCACUGCAGCAGCACCAGACUCCGACGGCGACACGGUCCGGACCGCCUCCGCCGCAGGGCCCGGCUUUCGCCACUCCCGACGGGGCUCUCGGAGGAGUGAGGGACAAUGCCGAUCCGCUUGAUCCGCAGGAGGCCGGGCAAAGCGCCAACUACCAAACGCCCAGCAACUCCAGCCUAGACAGUGCGUGA